UCCAUGGAACCUCUCGUCGGACUAGCUCACUUCGCAAUUCCGCUCGGUCUUGGCACAUCUCGCCAGGGUAUCGCUUCUCAUUGACAAGAUGAACUUCCACACCACAGCUCUUAGUCAAACGAAAGAUCUAGCCAUUCCGGCUCACGUCCCAGUAGGUGCAGUCAUCGGCAAGGGUGGCAGCUACUGCAAAGCGAUUCGUGAGAACCACGGCGUUCGCUGCUCGGUGGACGGAACUGACCGAAAGGUGACACUAAAAGGACCGAGAACUGGCGUGAAGAGUGCAGAAGAUGAACUUACGGAUUUGUUCGCCUCUUUCGCGAUCAAUAAGCAGGAGGAACGGGUCUUCGAAGUAGUUGCUCGAGACGGACCAACCCGUUGGUGGUCAUUCCAAAAGGACACGGAGCCAUCUAGUGACGAACAAGUCCUAGAGUAUCCGUAUCGCCUACAGCAAUCCGGACGAGCAGUGGAGACUCCCUGUGAGACUCUCUCUUGGAUCAAGGAGUUUCGGGAAGAUGAUAUGGCCAACGUCAUGGACUACCUUCUGGAGAAGCCUUCCGAGUUGCCUCUCAGGAUUAAGGUCGCGUUUGGGCAGCUGUGUUUCAAGCUCAGAUCCAUUCGCUGCAAGAGCUCAACCAUCGCUUGGCCAGAGCUCCAGAAGCUCCGCAACCUCGAUGAGUUCACGACGCGCUGGUCCAAUUUCUGCACGCGGUCGUCGCCAUCGAUUGUUGCUCUGAUGGACGAUCUCGAGUCGUGGAUGGAGAAGGACGUGGAGCCUCAGAAGACGCUGUCGGUGCAUCUUGCUGGCUAUAAAGGGAAAUCGCAUGACCUGAAGUACCAUCUCGUAGGUGGUCACUGGAAGCUACACAAUGCCUACAGUAGACGCCACGUACGUGGCACGUACGAUGUGAUCCUCGACAACGACACCUCUUUCCGUCUGCGCGCUGUCGGCCGCGAUGAGGUCUCUGAGAACGCGUCAGCUGACAUUCAGAACCACCUUGACAUCUCCACCCCCGACGGUGGCGACAUAUUCCAUACAAAGGUAAUGUUGCGCCAAACUGCCCCCGUCGGAAUGCACAUCAAGUCUUUUCAAGCGAAGUCGAAAAUCCACGUGGAGGCAAAUGGUCUUCGCUUUUCAAUCUGCUACUUGGACCAGCGCCACGACGAGUUUCGUCUCGAAUGUCGCUUGGAGACAGUGGAGAAGGAGAAAUUGAGUGCCAAGGACAACGAGGCUCAAGCGCUGCUUGGAAAGGUUCUGGAGAAACUGGCGUGAAGCUGAGGAGGGAUAGUCAAGUAAAUGUCGUGUAGUUUGAGAUGCUGGACGUAUUAACGUCUGGCAAUUUUUUUUUAAGUACUACUGUAGUAGCAAUGAAAAGUGCGCAUGGAGCAAUUGCGUACUGGAGCGUCAAUUUGAGUACUUCAAUAGGACAACAUCGUGUAUCCAUGUA